AUGGAGUGGACUAUAGCAUCUUCUGGGGGCACCGGCUCGAGGCUCACGCGUGUGCUUAUUAUUAUAUCUGGAGUAGCAUCUCUAGUGGCUACUUUACUAUCUAUCGUGUCGAUAUGGCUACAAAUGAAAAACUACCGGAAGCCUUUGCUUCAGCGCUAUGUUGUACGAAUACUUUUGAUGAUCCCGAUCUAUGCUGCCUCGUCAUGGACCAGUAUCAUCUCCCUUAAAGCCGCUAUGUUUUUAGAUCCCGUUCGAGAUAUAUACGAGGCAUUUACCAUCUAUACCUUUUUUCAGUUACUGAUCAACUUCCUUGGCGGCGAACGAGCACUGAUUAUAAUGACACACGGACGACCACCAGUCCAACACAUGUGGCCGCUAAAUACAUUUCUUUCCAAAGUAGAUAUUUCGGAUCCGCAUACAUUUCUUGCAAUCAAAAGAGGCAUCUUGCAAUAUGCUUGGCUAAAGCCGAUUCUUGCGUUGGCAUCAAUCAUCAUGAAGGCGACUGAUACUUAUCAAGAGGGGUACAUUGGAGCAUCCUCUGGUUAUCUUUGGACAGGUAUUAUCUAUAAUGUCAGCGUCAGUGUCAGCUUGUACUCUUUGGCGCUAUUCUGGAUUUGCAUGCACGAUGACAUGAAACCGUUCCGUCCAGUCCCGAAAUUCCUCUGUGUCAAGCUCAUCAUCUUCGCAUCGUACUGGCAAGGCUUUUUCUUGUCAAUUCUUCAAUGGCUUGGCGCUAUCCCGAAUGGUGUGGCGGGUUAUACACCGGACAAUCUUGCUGCAGCUAUCCAGGACACCUUGAUUUGUUUAGAGAUGCCGGCUUUUGCAAUUGCUCACUGGUAUGCUUUCUCGUGGCAUGAUUACGCGGAUAAUAGAGUAUCUUCAGCUCGUAUGCCAGUCAAGUAUGCGCUAAGGGACGCUUUUGGGAUUCGGGAUCUCAUCGAGGACACCAAACAGACAUUCCAAGGAAAUGAUUACGAAUACCGCCUGUUCGAUUCGGGAGACAAUAUCAUUGCUCAUGAGGAAUCAAGCUCACGUGUGAAACGGGUAAUGGAAGGAAUGAGAUACGAGCGAGGAGGAAAAGGCAAAUACUGGAUACCGAAACCUGGGGAAACCAAUAGUCGAACACCACUCUUGUCUGGACGCAUUGCCCCAGGACAGCGUAGUCUCUCGGAUGGUCCCAAACGAAACAGUACCAUUGACAAGUACCGCUCAUAUGGUGAACUUGAAGAGACCACUAUCGACGAGGACGACGAGCGACUCUUCAACAACGCACGAGCAUUGGAAUUUGGUGACUGGAAUUAUCCGGUCAUUACAGCCAACAUUAUUCCUCGCGAUCAAGUUUUACCUCGGACUGUUAGCUACCAGAGUCAGACCUCCGAUCACGGUCACGUAGUGCGAAAGGCGCGAAAGCACAGAAACAGCCAUGUCUCUGAAUCAAAUCGCGAAAGUAGACCGACGAGCUCAAAAACUCGCCGUCCUCCACGACCAAGUGAUCCACCACGUCAGUCCAGUGCUUCGACAUCUAACUCUCGUCGUAGCCAGUUGGUCGACUUGGCAGUCGAGAAUACGGAAGCUGAGCACCGAGAACAAGACCAAACCCGACGAGAAACAAGGUCUGAUUGGCCCAACAGAGAUGUUGUUCAUUUACAGAGACCUACCGGCGAACCAGUGGGUGUAGUACACCCUCGGCUUACAGAUGGCACUGUUUCGCCUGCUUCACCAGCCAAAUUUGUUGUUGGCAAAGAAGAUGACGACACUAACGACGAGGAUGCCAAUGAGAGAACACCACUGAACCCUGACUACAGUGAUCUAGGUGAAGACCCCAAUAUCUGGGGAUCCUCGGAAGAAGAGCCAAUUUGCCAUCUCAAACCAGUUUUGUCGAAUAUUGUCAAGAGUUGA